GUAAUCACAAGUGAAGAGGCUGAAAGACGGGGACAGCUAUAUGAUAAUAAAGGGAUCACAUAUCUUUUUGAUCUGGAUUAUGAAUCUGAUGAAUUCACAGUGGAUGCAGCUCGAUAUGGAAAUGUGUCUCAUUUUGUGAAUCAUAGUUGUGACCCAAAUCUUCAGGUAUUUAGUGUUUUCAUCGACAACCUUGAUACUCGGCUCCCCAGAAUAGCAUUAUUUUCCACAAGAACCAUAAAUGCUGGAGAAGAGCUGACUUUUGACUAUCAAAUGAAAGGUUCUGGAGAAUUAUCUUCAGAUUCUAUUGACCACAGCCCUGCCAAGAAAAGGGUCCGAACUGAAUGUAAAUGCGGAGCGGAGAUGUGCAGAGGUUACCUCAACUGAAAUUUCAGGAAAUGGAGCUCAUGAUAUUUAUGUUUUGUUUUGUUUUUCUUCUAACAACUGAAAAAGUACUUGGGACUCCUUUCUAUUAUCAAGAUUAUAUGUAUGUUAAUAUAAAACUCAUGUUUCAAGAUAUUUGCCAAGUACACUACUGUUGCUUCUAAAGACUUCAGGGCCUCAUAGACAGUAUAUAUUUGGUGGUUACCUGGAAAGCGAACUAUUCACAAGUUACCUUGUGCUUAAGAAGUCGGAACAGACGAGUGUCCCCUUCAGUGUUUGAAAAGUGAUGAAGCAAUGAUUGUUGAUAUAAAACCUUUUACCUUGACCCAAACAGAUAAUUCAAUUUAGACAAAUGUACAAAUUUUUUUUUACUAUAUUGUUCCCAUUUAAUACUUACUGAUCUUGUAUAUGAGACAAAUAAGUGACACUGAAUUUUUUACUAUAUUUUCUACUUUUACACUAAAACAUUGGCAUCUUAAUAGUGUAUUUCAGAUGUAAAUGUGAAAGAUUUACUUUUAGCUUCACCUCAUUCUGAAACAGUAUCUACCAUUACAAAGACUGUCUGAACCUGAAAUUCUUAGAGAUUUUUUUAAUCCUGUAGAAGAGUCUCUAAUCAGCUCCUCUGGAGUCCAUAGUGGCUGGCCAUUGUGCUUCUUUGAAGAGACAGCAGUAUGACUCAGAGGACACGUUGGAGUGCCAGGCAGAGCAAACAGGACAAAGUGAGGUCCACAUUGAGUAUCUCAUCUAAACAGGAGAUGGAGAUGCCAGGGAGCACGUGUCCCCAGGGACAGUGUAAUUCACACCACAUCACCGUCACUUCAGGCAGUUUCAAUAUUUCCUUUCCACUAAAUUUAAUUUUGUAUUUUUCGCAUGUCCUUGAAAGUAACCUAUAUUUGAGCAGAUACUUGUUUUAUACAAGAAUUUUUUAGAUAGGAUAAAGCUAAGCUUGGCCAAAGUUAUGUCCGUUUGAACUUUUAUUAACCUAUGGGGAUUAGAUAGGAUUUUUUUUCCCCCUGUGUAGUAAAACCAAUAAGGAAAAAAACUUACUUUCAUCUUUCUGGGUCUGGGAAUUGUAAUUAUGGUGUCCAGUGUGAAGACAAAAACAAAAUGCAGCAAAUAAUCCGAGGUUUCAGUGUUCUCUAAGAUUUACCUAAGCUCACUGCUCUAGGCUUUAAUAGACUGUUUAAUAGACCGUACUAUGCAUAAGUAAAAUGAACUGAAUUCAGGAACUCAGCCCUUCCUUUAUCUUCCUAAUCUUAACUUGUUUUUGGAGAAACUGCAAUGUUAUUCAAAAUAUUGCCCUCACGUGGCUACUUGUUCACAAUACAUAACAUAAACUGUUUGCAUGUUUGGAGCCCCAUAGUAUGUCUGUUACCCCAAAAUCAAGAAAAUAUAUUUUUUUAAAUGGACUUGUUUUUCUUUGAGCAUCUUAAAAGUGUUACAGGUCUGUUUUUCCCCUCUCCCAACCCCCCAUAGCCAAGCUCACUCUGAAUUAUUCUCAGGUUUAAAAAUAGGAUUCUUUUUUUUUUUAAUCAGUGUUUUGACUGUCUAGAUAUUUGGUCUUGUUUACUAUUUAGGUUAAAAAGAAAUUUAAGGGGGCAAAGGGAAAGAGCCUGUGUAUAAUAAAUGUGUGGCUUUGUUUUGUUCUUACUAGAAAUGUAAUGGGCCCUUAAGAUUUUGUGGGGAGGGGUAGGUCUUGAGACAGGGUAUCUUUUAGCUCAGGCUAGCCUUGAAUUUGCUGUUUAGCUGAGGAUUAUCUGGAACUGUUGAUCCUGCCUCCACCUCUCAGGGCUGGGAUUACAGAAAUGUGCCACCAUGCCCAGCUUGAGAUUUUUACCUUUAAACAACAACAACAACAAAACAAACAAGUAAACAAAAGGAAUUUCAUUCUAAGUUCCAUACAUGUAAUGUACUUUGCUUCUAUUCACUAUUCCAUUCCUCUUUCUUGCCUUUCAACAUUCCCCUAUUCCCUUCUGGCCAUAGUCCUUCUUGAACUUUCAUCUAAAUACAAAUGUGUGUGUAUGUGUUUGUGUGUGUGCCUCUUUGUUGCUGUGACAAAAGUGAGCAGUUCAGCUCCAGUUUGAUCCCUUCAAGUCUCAUGGCCUAAGUGUGUAGAGUUUUCAGAAAUGGACCUGGAGGUAGUCAUGACAGGAACUUAAGAGCAGAGGCUGGAACCACAAAGGAACACUGCUUACUGGCUUGUUCCCAGGCUCAUACUCAGCUAGCUUUCUUACACAAGCCAGGCCCAUCUGCCUAGGAACGGACUGCCCACAGUGGGCUAGACCCAGCUACAUCAAUUAACAAUUAGAAAAUCCCCCAAGACAUGCCACAGGCCAAUAUGAUGGAGACAGGUCCUCAUUUGAAGUUCCCUUUUUUCAGGUGACCCCCCCAGUUUGUCAACCUGAGAGCUGAAGCUAACUGAUAAUGUAUAUAUAAUCAUUUUGCAUAUUUGAUACUUCUCUAAGUGUGGCUAGCCUCUAGGAUUCUAUGAUGUAUCUUGGCAUUUUGAAACUUUUUUAACCUUGGCUAAUUUUCAUUCUUGAAAACUGAAGUAGCCACUUCAGUUAGUCCUGCCUGUUUUAAUGCUGUUUGGAAAGGUUUCUGUCAUAUAGCAUAGUGCUCAAGGCCUGUUGCCUGUGUGUGAGCCCUGGCUGCGCUGCUCACUAGCUAUGUGAAGUGACCUGUGUGCCUUACCCUCAUGGCCUACCUCAAAGUGUGGUUUCACAGAUUAAAGCUUUAUAAGGUGUUUUUUAUUACAGUAUAAACAUGUAAAUAUUUCCUAUUAUUCUGUACUUAAAACAUAAGCUAUAAAAGCUGGUGAUCAGGUAUACUGAUAUAAAUCUACAUUACUGUUCUUAGCUCUUGACUUCAUUCCAGACAGUGUUCAUGCCAGACUUAAGAACUAAAACAUGAAAAUCACAGUUAUAAAAUGUUAGAAAUACAUUCAGAACAAUAUUUGCAGGCAUGUUUUUAAUGCUAACUUUGGAUCAUGAAAUAUCCUAGUAAAACCAAGUUUUGUGCUGAGAGUAUGGCUCAGCUCAAAUCAAAAUAAAGUUUUGAGUAUUAGUGAAUAUAUACAAAUACAUACAUACAUACAUGCAUACAUAUAUGCAUAUAUUCUAAGUCAUCACCCAGUAGGUUGGGUCCAGUAAUUUGAGGUCUAAUUGCUGUGUAGCAGUGAGGAUCUGUGACAGUUAAUUUAAUCUGCAAAUUGUAAGACUCCUUUUAAGCUAUUUUAAGUGAUGUGUCUAUAUCAUUCUCUUGAUUUGUAAAAUGUCACCAUACUAAAGUGCUUAUGAAAAUGUUUACAAAGCUUUAUUAGAUCCACUUGCAUCAAUACAAAAGCAUUGUACUUUAAGGCAGUUUAACAGCUCAUAGAACAUAUGUUAGCCAUUUAAUUCUAAGUAUUUUCCUUUACAUUCUAAUCAACAAUGUCAGUGCACUGGUAACAUUUUUAUCUCUUGAAACAAGCUCUUGCAGAGUUGUGCAGGCUUAACCUCCAAUGCCACCCCUCCUGUCUCGGCCUUUAGAGUAAGCUGGAACACAGCCUUGCUUAGC